AUGUAUAAGCAGUCGUCGUCGUACCCACACGCAUUCCCCAACUUCUUUUCCGUAGUGUGUUUCGCCGCAUGGCCUGGCUUUCACGAUACGCCGCACAUCCCUACCGCACCCAUGGUGCAAUUUCACCCACCAAAUGGCACGGCACGGCACCAUGACAUGACGUUGAAUUUUUUGGCUUUCUCUCGCAAAGUUUCACCGCUUGUAUCUAUUUCAUCAAAUCAGCCUCCAGCCGACCCUGCAUUGGUGCCUUCACAUUGUUUAAUCCCACAAAAGAAAAUAUGGUACCAUCUUCCUUUUCUUUUUCUUCCGCUGAACCCUGUCUUCCGGCAAAACUUUGACCCCCACAGUUUCUCCGGAUUUUUCCGGUUUAAUAGUGAGCUGCGCCCGUUUCUGUGUUUUCUCGAGUGGGCGCAGGCAGGGUCCCCACAAAAGUUUUUCCGAAUGCGGAGAAACUAA